AUGCACAAAUUGAUCAUUCUUACUUUUGUUUGUUUGUUUGUCGCAUCUUUGGCGAGGUCUGCACCAAGUACCGAAGAGGCCUUGGAUAAUGGUGAUUGGUUUUUGAAACCUAAAGAUGUUGGAACCAAAACAGAAAAUAAUCCAAAUGUGAGAAACUUGCAUAGAGCCAAAAGGAGCUUCUAUUUCCGGGGAUACUGGACGUGCCCCAUUGGAUAUAUCAGAAGUCCAGCUUUUACUUGUGUAACGUGUGAAAAUUACAAAAUGAUUACCGGAAAGUCCUGUUAA